CUCAGCCCUCACAAGACAUGCUGCAGCUCCAUCGUGCUACGGUUUUUGGGCGCCCGCGCCCUCGCGCGGGAAGUGGCCUUGGCCGGUUGUGUCAACGUGGUUACCUUGUGGAUUGCAGCAAGAUCUAUUUGGACCGCUCCAGUUCGGGUGGCUUCGUGAGCCGCGCGCGUGCGAAGAUCCGGAGGGGCGAGACGCUGGAGCUCGGCGUGGUGCGGCUGCUGCCGGUGGAGGGGAGCCGAUGCCCUUUGGUGCUGCCAUGGAGUGGCUCGCGAUGGGCCAGUGGGAGCGGCUGCCUGCAGUUCUACCACGCCACAUCGCAGCCAGAGGAGGCUUCUGCCAAGGUGGUGCCCACCGGGGAGGAACAGUUCGUCGUCAUUGCCUUGCGAGAUAUCGAGCCCCAUGAAGAACUGGUGCGAUUGGACGAGACCCUCCAUUCCAGAGGCUUCGCCGCCCAGCCCUCUGCGCAGGUGUCCAACGGCGCGGGGGAGGAGAGCCGUUGGAUCGAUUGCUCCAAAGUGGAGGCACGGCCGGACGCCUGGGGCGGCGUGGGGGUCUAUGCGACGCAGCGGAUUUCAAGUGGUGAGCUCGUCGAGCGUGGAGUGGUGCAGCCACUCCCAGUGGAUGGAAAUAUCUGUCAGUACGUCUUCACCUGGAGUGAGGAUCGCUCAGUGUGGGCCACUGGCAGUGGCUGCUCCGUCUUCUACAACGCCUCGUUGGAUGGGUCCGAGAACACGUCGAUGACCCGACACUUGGAGGACGAGACCUUUGAAAUCUUUGCCCUGCGCGACAUCGAGAAGGGCGAAGAGCUGACACAUUUGUACAAAAGCAUCGAAUGGCGAAGUUGCUUCAGGGAGCUGAAGGCCAUUCGUGACGACGCGCUGCAAAGGAAAACACUGGACAACGAGCGAGCGGAAUUCACGGAAUAUUGGGCUGACCACUCCUCCCCCACCAUUGAGACGAUGAUGCUUGACACUGACGCGGCCUCAAUCGACAAGCUGGAACGGCCUGAGAUCCUUUCACAGAUCCCCAGCGUCGCGGGGAAGGAUGUGCUGGAGCUGGGUGCGGGCAUCGGCCGCUUCAGUGGCCUCUUGGCCAGGAAAGCGCGCCGGGUGGUCGCGGUGGACUUCGUGGCGGCGGCCUGCGCGGAGAAUCGGCACGCCAACGCGGAGCAGAAGAACUUGGAAGUGAUCCAGGCAGAUGUGACAGCAUUGCAGCUGGAGCCCACCUCUUUCGACUUGGUUUUUUCCAACUGGCUCUUCAUGUACCUCACCGACGAGGAAUGCCGCGAACUGGCCGCCAAGCUCUUGGGCUGGUUGCGCCCAGGUGGCCACCUCUUCUUCCGAGAGUCUUGCUUUCAUGCCUCAGGCAAUGCGGCCAGGCGCUUCAACCCCACGAAGUACCGCACGCCAGAGCAGCUGCUCGGACGGCGUGGUGUGGCGUGUGGGCAUGUGUGGGGCUUGGUCGAAGGUGAGGAAAAGCAUCGGCCUCUUUUUACAUAUACAAAUAACAUGAACACGCACGGCUUCCAAGCAAACGUGGUAAUUACUGGCGCAACAGCUUGCGCAACAGCUGCAGCCUUCAAGGCACCGCACAGGCACCGCUUGCUAGCGCCACCGCGCCACAAGCGCCACAGGUACUCGCAGUUCUUCAGCGAUGCUCUUGCUGAUGGCUUCAGAUACCAACUCUCCGGUACCAACUUUGUCGAGAGUUAUGCCAAGCUGAAAGGCAACAUGCAUCAGUACUGGUUUCGUUGGCAGAAAGUGAGUCCGGCGAACAAGCGCCACUUAAUGAUGCUACAGACUGGACAGUAUGCCCCUGCCAAGAUCUUGCGAUAUGAGAAGAUCUACGGCCGGGGGUACAUCUACACGGGCGGCGAUGAGAUCUCGCAGAAGCUCGUGGACCUGGGCCAGCCAAACCUGCAGCCAGGCGCCAGCGUCCUUGACGUCGGCUGCGGGGCUGGGGGCACGGCCUACUAUUUGGCCUCGCAUUGUCCAGGCAUCUUUGUGCAUGGUGCGAACUGGAGUUCAGAGAUGGCCUCCUUCAAUGCGGGCCGGCUCCCACAGGUGCCGAGCGAGCUGCGUGCACGAGUAAGCUUCGAGCUGACCCCGGAGUGUGGGGUGCCAGAGAAUGAGCUUCGAUAUCCUCCCAACAUCUUCGACUUGGUGGUCAUCCGAGAGACCUUUAUGUAUUUGGAGCCGGAGGACAAGGCAGUGAUCUUGAGAAAAGUCAAGAAGAUGCUCAGGCCCGGCGGACGCGUGUUGAUCAUCGACUACUGCCGGGGUCGCCCGGCACUCUCGCAGACCUUCCAAAGCCACAUCCGGCGCUGGCACUACGACUGCAGUUCUCCAGCAGAGCUCGAAGAACUCUUGGCACACCACUUUGAAGUGAGCCUUGCAGAGGAUCACACUCAAGACUUCAUCAAGUACAUGGAGGAGGGCCUGGCUCGAAUCGAAGAGAACUUGGGGCCGAGCACGUGGAAAGUGGGGCAGAUGGACCUGGACAACUCACAAGAGAAGAUCCAGGACGCCCUGAAGGGCCUCCCUGAGGAAGUGCAGAAGGAAGCCUCUGAGGCGGCCAUGGAGAAGCUGAAGCUCUACAAGGCCUCCAUCGAGUCUGACAUCGAGAUUCAAAAAGAAGAUUACCACUGGGUCAAAGACACAUGGUCUUUGGAGAGGCAAGCAGCCAUGGAUGGAGAUUUGCUUACCACCAUCGAACACACGGUCACCGCAACCUUGGCCUCGGUCCUGCCAACGACCCCGAUGGCCUCGGUCCUGCGGCGCCCGAAAGCGCGCCCUCGCCCUCGCCUUCGCACCUGCCGAUGGAUGCGGGUGCGGUGUGCAGAGGGCAACGUGGUCGUGCGGAUGGGCGGCUUGUCAGAGGUGCCGAAAGGCGUUGCGAAGCCCUGGUCCCAUGCACGGCGCGUGCUGGAGAAGCAGGGUUUGGUCCUGCUGCGAGGGCUUCUGCCCAAAGAUGCUGUGGCUUGCGCGCGGACAAGGCUUUUGACUGAGUUGAAGCAGCUCAAAGCGGUCGGAGCUGGUGCAGAGCUGUCCCCAGAAUGCGCAGAGGGCGAGGCUCUUCCGGAGGUCCAAGCAGUCUUGGAGCACGCGGCGCUUUUUGAUGCAACCGCGCGCGGCUCGAAUUGCCUGUGA